AAUUUUUACUAAUCUACCGAUAACCGCGGCGACAACAUGAGCGUUAUCGUCGGAAAUAUACUAAAAAGAAACUUCUCUUCUACCACAACUCUCAACAACAUCGUUAAAAAUGUAACCGUGAUCGGCGGAGGACUGAUGGGAUCAGGCAUAGCGCAAGUGAGCGCCCAAGCCGGACAAAACGUAACCGUAGUCGACGUAAACCCCGAUGUCCUCAAGAAAACCGAAGCCAGCAUACAAACCAGCAUAACCAGAGUAGCCAAGAAACUCCACAAAGACGAUACCGCGGCCGCCAAGAAAUUCAUCGAAGAAUCCUUAUCGCGCGUAAAGUACUCUCCAGACGCUCAGAAAGCCGUGGAACAAGCGGACCUGGUGGUGGAAGCGAUCGUGGAAAACCUAGACCUCAAGCACGAUCUCUUCAAGCGCCUCGACGAGGCGGCGCCGGCCAAAACUCUAUUCGCAUCGAACACCAGCUCGCUCUCCAUCGGCGAGAUAGCCUCGGUAACGAAGAGGAAAGACCGCUUCGGCGGGUUGCACUUCUUCAAUCCCGUGCCGGUGAUGAGGUUGCUGGAGGUCGUGCGAAUACCCGAAACCACCGACGACACCUACGAGGCCAUGAUGGCCUGGGGGAAAGCCAUCGGCAAGACUUGCAUCACCUGCAAGGACACCCCGGGGUUCGUGGUCAACAGGCUGCUGGUGCCCUACAUGGCCGAAGCCAUGAAGAUGCUUGAACGAGGUGAUGCCAGCGCUGAAGAUAUAGAUAUUGCGAUGAAAUUGGGAGCUGGGUAUCCGAUGGGACCGUUCGAAUUGGCAGAUUACACCGGAUUGGAUACGGGAUUGUUCAUUAUGGACGGUUGGCAUAAGAAGUUCCCCGACAACGAGCUGUUCAAUCCGCCGGAAAUCCAGAGGAAACUGGUCAAGGAAGGGAAGUUGGGUAGGAAAACGGGAGAGGGAUAUUACAAGUACACCAAAUAAUUUAAUAAACGAUUUGUUACUAUAAAAGUUUGUUAAUUUUUGACGAGCAAUUCCUUCUUCUUGGAGCUUUGUAG